AGCCAGCCAGCCAGCCAGCCAGCCAGCCAGCCAGCCAUGCCUCUUGCCCCGUCUCGUGUGCAUCUUGCUGUGUCGUUGCGUGGCAUGCCCCCAUGCCCUGUUGCUGUCUUAUCCACCACAGUCUAAACAUGACAGUCAAGAGAGAGGGCGACAGUUGAUGGGCUGCCAAACAGCCGAGCACAGACAAAGGAAACCCCCGAUGCCCACCACGCACACUGGAACAUCUCCACACCCCGUCUGGGAACCACUCGGGCCAUCCGACGUCGUGCCUGGCUCGGCUCUUCUGACUGGCCGCCGCUCGAGAGCCGUUCGACCCCGUCACCGCCAAGUACAGGUGGCUAUCUCACCUCCCCACCCACCAGGUUAUCAAGACAAGGGCCUUCUCUUCUCUUGCCCAGCCCAGGUAGGGUUCUGCGCUAGCAAGUCUCCAGGGUCGUGACGAUUCAUGGGCGAUGAGUUGAAUACAAAGCUCAUGGCGGAUCGUGCCAGAGGACGACACGCACACCCCAAAGCGCUUUGGCUGUGCCUCGGCCGCCGUGUUUUGCAGCCGCGCCCGACUGAGACAUCGAUUCACCUUGACAAGUAAGGCGAGUCCGAGGGCGGGUCCAUGAGGAACCUGACAGCUGGA